GGACUCUGCGCACAGUGGGCAGCAGGCAGCCACCAGCACCGGGAAGCUUCUUCUCCCACUUCUCCGCUCUGGUUCCGGAUCCUUCUCCCGGAGGCCACUCACUGGCUCUGCGGACGCACGCUCCAGCCACCCAACGCCAGUUCGCGGAGUCCCAACCCGUCCCGCUGAGCAACUUGGAGGACACUUUCCCGGAGCUCAAAGUUGCCCAGCGUGCACGGUCAGAUCUGGCGAGUGAGCUCGGACUGCAGUAUCCGCGCCAGCACUCGGCAACUUUGAAGAGAAGAGCAGCCGUCCCCGCAGCGGACAGCAGCAGCUACGAUGAUGACUCCCUGGCUUGGGCUUGUCUUGCUCCUGGGCUGCUGGAGCCUUGGGCACUGGGGCGCCGAGGCGUGCACAUGUUCGCCUAGCCAUCCCCAGGAUGCCUUCUGCAACUCCGACAUAGUGAUCCGAGCCAAAGUGGUGGGAAAGAAGCUGGUGAAGGAGGGGCCUUUUGGCACACUGGUCUACACCAUUAAGCAGAUGAAGAUGUACCGAGGCUUCAGUAAGAUGCCCCAUGUGCAGUACAUCCACACGGAAGCCUCUGAAAGUCUCUGUGGGCUUAAGCUAGAGGUCAACAAAUACCAGUACCUGCUGACAGGCCGUGUCUAUGAAGGCAAGAUGUACACAGGGCUGUGCAACUUUGUGGAGAGGUGGGACCAGCUCACACUGUCCCAGCGCAAGGGGCUCAAUUACCGCUACCACCUGGGUUGCAAUUGCAAGAUCAAGUCCUGCUACUACCUGCCUUGCUUUGUGACCUCCAAGAAUGAGUGUCUCUGGACCGACAUGCUCUCCAAUUUUGGCUACCCCGGCUAUCAGUCUAAACACUACGCCUGCAUCCGGCAGAAGGGUGGCUACUGCAGCUGGUACCGAGGAUGGGCCCCUCCAGACAAGAGCAUCAGCAACGCCACAGACCCCUGAAUGCAGACCUGUCCCACCUCACCUCCUUCCCAUCCCACUGAGCCUCCCGGACACUAACUCUUCCCAAAUGAUGACAAUGAAAUUAGUGCCUGUUUUCUUGCAAAUUUAGCACUGGGGACACUUAAAGUCUCUGCUGUCUAUGGAGUUGAUUUGGAACUACCCUCCUGGCCCUGCCCCUCCCCCUUCUUUUUUGGUUUUGACAUCACCCAUUUCUAACUGGGAAUCUCUGGUGCCAAGCCAGAAAGAAAGAGCACGCAUACUCCUCUUCUUCAUGAUAUAUAAUCUAUAUUUUUUUAGGAAAACAAAAAUUGAAAAAUUCUAUGCUGUUUGGGCAUUUAAUAGCUACUCCUUUUUCUUCCUCUCUAGACCCACAUCCAGUUACACUUCUUCAUCCUAGUAUACAAAGAGUAUAGAUAAGGAAGUUGGCACAGGUCCAACUGUUUCCCAGUCAGUCAAGGACAGCAAGCAGACAGACACCAGGUAUUUGAAAGACCUUAACCACAGAGGAUAGACAACUGUGUAUCUGGAUCAGAUGGUCUGUCUGUUCGUGUCUGCUUGUCGGAGUGAGGGAGGGAAGGGGCAAAUGGCAGGAGCAGGUCUGAGGUGACACACAGUUCCCCAGCCCUGUGAUACUUGGGUUGAUUAGAUCUUUCAAUCCCGGAGCAAGCAUAUGUCAGAGUAAUAGAGCUUUCUGAGUUCAUGAAGACUUAAGCAUCUGCCCGAGUUGAACAUGUCUGUCUGUACAAAAAUUCAGACAAAGUGUUGGGACGAACAUAUUUUCUUUCCUGCCUCCCAUGAGAGACAUCCUCCUGGGAAUUCUUGGGGAAGUUUGGCUCGAAGCUUGCCAAUGUAUAAUCUGAAGAAACAUACACCAGACACUAUCCACAGAUAUAGUCAAGUAGAUCUGGGUAGAGGAUACUAUUUCCAAAGUAGUGUUUAGCUCAUCUAGGGGGAUGUGUUUAUAUCCACAUUUUCAUAUACCCAUAGGGGAUUAUGAGCUAAUUUUUAUAGGACACAGAAUUCUAUUCGAUGCUGUUAAAUAUGCAAAUCGUUUAAUCUCUUUUCUUUUUAUUGUUUGAUGGGAAAUUGUGACAUUCCAAGUUGACUUUUUUUUUUCCAUUUGAAUUAAAAUUUUGAAACUCCGAAAACCCUCAACACCCUCUUGUCCCUAUAACUGGGGUCAUCUGACCUCUCACCUCCUUUCUUCCUUCUGCUUAGUGUUUGGGUGCCCUUCACUUAAUUGCCUUACUGGCCAUCUGAUGGCAGGUGAGUGUGAGAGCAGGUUAGGGGUCUCCACACGAGAGGGACAGUUGCAUAGCGUCCUGCUUCGGUGGAAUGCCUCCUCUCCUGGAUCUGGGGACAGCAUACUCUUCUUCCCCAGCUCAGGAGUGGGUGAACAUUACCUCCUGAGGUGGUCACCUCUCAGAAUGAACACGGUUGGUCACUGAGGGAGCCAGGCUCUGCCAUCAAACUGUAGGCCUCUUUUUGUGUUGUAUUUUUGUUUUUAAAAUAAAACUAUAAUAUAAAUUUUCCUAUUAAAUAAGAUUAUUUUAAGUUUUAGUGUCAAAAAUGCAUUGCCGAUAGUAGAUGAUAAUGUGUAUUUUACAGAGUCUGAGGUGGUGAGGUGGUGACAUUUAACACAGUUACUCUGUCUCUUUUCAGAUUAUGGGUAUUUAUCCUCUAUUAGUAUCAUAUCUUCAGUUCAUUCCACAUUAGGAGAUGUAGUUACCAAUUAUAAGUAGAAAGAGAGAGAAAGAAGCCAACACGUUCCAGCGUCUGCCCCCCCAACCCCACCCCACAUACACCUGCUUUGGAGCAGGAAGACAGUUCAGGCGAUGGGUGUCAAGUUUCCUCUUGGUUGAUUUCAUUUCCCCUGUGCUCACAGGGAACAGAAGGCACAACCCUUUCCACGAUGUGGAGCAAGAGGAGCUGAGGUCAGCAAGCCAGUGGUUCUUCAGGGGUGACUUAUUGUUUGGGGUUCUUUGCUUCAACCUUAGAGUCUCCUAAUAUGGAGUUCCCAAUUUACCCAGCUCAAGUGCUCUCCCAUGUGCGCACGCGCGUCUCUUCCAAGAGGCCUUUAGCCAUUCUCAAUCCUGUGUAAUAACCUCACUCCUAGAGGGAGAGACCUAAGGUGAGGCCUGAGGAUGAGACACCUGAUGCUAACCCGUUAAUCAGCUGGCAGAACCGUGGCCGCAGUUGGCUGUGGAGGCCCUGGCGAGAAGUUCUGGGCAAGGAGGGAUUCUGGAAAGUCACGUCAUCGGAGGGAGGUUUUUGAGCUUUCUAUAAGCUAUAGCUUUGUUUAUUUCACCUGUUCACUUACUGUAUAAUUUAAAAUCAUUUCUGUAGCCGAGACACUUUGGUAUUUCAAUCAUAUCAUGAAUGUUUUAUUUUGCUAAAAUCAUGUGACAUGCGUAGGCUGUCAGUGUACACUGUGUCUAAGAGAAGAAAGAGAAAGAAAGAAAGGAACCCCCAUGCCUUUUCCUGAUUCAAAUUCUACAGUAGAAUGGAGGGUAGAAUACUGAGACGCAAGCAUUCAGCUAGACUGGAGUUCAAGGAAAUAGAAGGUACUAGAAGCAGCCUCCUCCAGCCUCCUCCCCCGUAGAAUCCCAAGGGUGGGAAGGAGAAGAAGAAAACAAAACAGAAACAAAAGCACACUGAUGUCCUUGUCCUGUAUCAGCUACCCCUGGGUCACCUGCCACCCACUUCCCAAGACCCUUUCUCCUGCUCACCCAGGAAGCUAUGGUUUCUGCAAAGUCCGUGACCAUGGCAACUGUGACACCAAGCUCUCUUUGUCUCAUCCAGGCAUCUUUUCUUAUACAUAGGCUUUUGCUUCCCAGGACUGCACUCUACUGUAGCCAGGGUGGGGAGCAUAAAGAAACCCCAGUACCUACCUUCUCCAGUCCUAACCCUGCCAAACAAACCCUGUUUCAUGUUGUGCUUCUUAAACAAUAAGAGACACACAAGGACUUUUGGGGAUAGCUCUUUCUGGGAGAAAAAUGUGGAUCCAGGAAGCAUUGCCCUUCCUUGCCUCACACCAAGGGGCAGUAGGUGGUUGGCUCCCAGCUACUUAAAGUUAAAAACAUCACUCUAGUAUUUGUAUCAGAGAAAAAUUAAAAAAAAAUCUAAUCUAAUGGCAGAAGCACAAUGAAAUGGGAAAAGGCAGGAGAGGUGGUCUCAACAGACUUUAGUUGGCUAUUUAGAUUGAGGAGGAGAGGACCUAAGAACAUGACCAUGCUCGGAUGACAGGGGUACCUUAGAUUCUCUAUGACUACUUUUCCUCUAGCCAGUUGGCUGCGCUGAAGCCCAGUAAUGACGAAGAGACACCAACCAGAGAAAACCCUGUCUAGAAGGAAUGUAUUUGUUGCUAAAUUUUGUAGCACUGUUUACAGUUUUCCUCCAUGUUAUUUAUGAAUUUUAUAUUCCGUGAAUGUAUAUUGUCUUGUAAUGUUGCAUAAUGUUCACUUUUUAUAGUGUGUCCUUUAUUCUAAACAGUAAAGCGGUUUUAUUUCUAUCACA